GAGGCCAUUGUAUCUGCUUAUGAACAACCAGGGAACCUCCCGAAAAUUCAGUAUCGACAGUAAUUGAGGCAAAAUCAUGUCUGACACAAAACGUCCCUUGCUCAAAGGCCCACCACGACCCCCCCGAUCAAACCCAUCGGCGUUAUCCUAUACCGAACCUCCCAGACUCAGAGACGAGAUAAUACGCACAAAAAGUGAUGGCGUUAGAGUUGUUGAAUUCAACGGAUCCGCAAUUCCUCAGCCAUUUCUCGAUCCAUCUAUCAUGCAGAAAAACGCGCAGUUGGAACGAGAAUGGAAGUUAGAGCAAGAGAGAAACAGGCGACAGUAGCUCGAGAGAAACCAGACGUCGACCCAGGACUCUUCUAGGUCCUAAUUCAAGGAGAUGCGUUCA